GCCGCUGCCGCCCCGCGCCACGCCUGCUCCCGUCACUCCGUGCCCGGUAGCUGAGCCACCACCUCUGCGUCCGCUGGCACCUGCGUACUGCCGCCGCCGCCGCCGACGCUGCACGUGAGGCCAUCACGUUUCGUUCACGUGAAACCCAAGGAUUCCUCUCUCGGUCGGAAUUCGAGUAAGGUCCAAGUGAGUAGCACGUUCCUCGGUGCAAGAAGACGGCGUGAUCUCCACCAGCGCGCAGCCAGUCGGGGAGAGCGGGCAGCUCGCGUUCCCGUGCCUUGCGGCGUCGCCCGUGCUGGUAGGUGGAGCAGCAUGUGGAGCAGCCUGCCGGCGCCGCUGCUGCUGCUGCUGGCCCUCUGCCUGUCGGCGGCCGCCCCAGGCGCCUGGCUGCUCGCCAGCCCCGAGCCGGCCUCCGUGUGGAUGCGAGAGCUCGUCUCCCCUGCCACAGACCUCAACCUCGAAAAGCUCAUCGGCCGAUGGUACCUGGUGGAGGAAGUGGCGCCAGUCCGGCUGUCGUCGGACACGACGUGCGACUGGUACGACUUCUGGCGCGACGAGAACGGCACGCUGACGGUGCAGUGGUUCGUGCGCUCCGAGGACCGCACGGAGGCCGUGGUGCCCGCCAUCCCCGUGACGGACGGCGGCGUCUGGCACCUGCCCGCGGUGUACCUGGGCUACGCGGUGGUGGACCUGUCGCCGGACGGGCGCUUCCUGUCGCUGGCGACGUGCGUGCGGUACGCCAUGUCGUGCUCGGCGGCCGUGCUGGCGCGCGACGUGGCCGACGCGGCGCGGCGCGCCGACAUGACGGACGUGCACCGGCGGCUGUCGCGCGCGCGCCUCAACCACACCGAGGCCGGCUACCCCAAGGACCCGCAGGCGUGCAGCGCCGGCGCGCAGCUGCCGCGCCACCGCGACACGCAGCUGCAGGCCGUGCAGUACCGCCUCUGA